AUGGCGAGCGACUCUGUUCCAGAGACAGAGCCAGGUGCCACGACAAACGAUGUUGAUCUCAGAGACGUAGACAGACUGACUUUGAUAAAAGCUCUCAUGGGUCUGACGCAAACCAUCCAGGGCGUGAAGCAUACCGGUGCCUUGGACAAAUCCUCGCAGGCCCAACCUUUACCUGAUGCUGCCACCACGACUCAGAAUAGAGAUCACCCUUCGAUUUUGCCUCCGCCGCAGUUCGAUGGAGAGAUUAGCAAUGGUCUAUCCAUGUCGCGGGCAGAGUAUAUCCGCCGUCAGCAACAGGUAUUCGAGGAUCUCACCGGACAGAAAAAUUCACAGCAGCCCACUCUUCCAACGGAAAAAGAAGACCUGGCCCUUGCAAAAAUGAUGGAAUUGUACAUGAGUGCUCUAGAUUCCCAGGUAUACCAAGAGUUGGAAGUACAGCAGCGGUUAAACGAUGUCACGGAGGAGGCCUCUUUGGAUAUGUUCUCACAGGUUUUUGCCAUCAAGGAUCCAGAGGAGCGCAUCAAAUUGGUAAUGUCUAUAAUGUCGAAACUGAGUGACGACUUUGCUUCUUUGCAAUAUCAAACAAACACCAUGCUGUACCAGAGAGGAAAGCUGGAAUCCCAAAGAACCAUUCUGAAACAGCGAUAUGCUGCUGAACUAUCCCGAAGCGUGCGGCUGGACCACACUGUUCGAUUAAUGUCCAAAAAGCUAAUUCAAACGCACGAACGAGCGGAGGCCGCCGAGUCUGCACAGAGGGAUGCCGAGCGAGCCCUCAAGGAACUUCAAAUCAAGCUAGAAAGCCUUGAAUUGACUGUAACGACAUUGACUAACGACGAAAAGGGUGAUAUAGAGUCGGAGAUCUCAAAAGAUACUCCUGAUAUGGCCAGUUUGAGUGCAAAGCUAAGGCUUUUAUAUCGUGAAAUCGGAAGACUCCAGAAGCUCGAGUCAAUGAAAGAAAUCCCAGACACCCCAGAGAAAAUUUUGGCUCGCAUACUAGUAUACGUUGACAAUGCUCGAGGAAGAAAAAACCAACAUGUUAAAGAUCUUAUCAAAGCGUUUCUCGAUCUUUUUGAAACCCGUGAAAGACAACUCACUGACGCUUUGGCUCAAAGUAGGCUCGAAAAUCAAAUUUAUCUUGCCAGGUGUGACCGCCUCACAGAGACCACCGCAGAACAAACUGAAAAUAUAAGAGAGCUGCUGGAUCGGACGGUCGAUCUGGUCCUUACUGAUAAGCAGUUGCGUGAAGACUUGGGACACAGGCGGGACCAAGCAGAUGCUUUUAGAUUCCUGCUCGAAAAAUGCCUCACCUUUUUCAAUUUGGUUAAAGAGAAAAAACCUGAUUUGUUUGGCGAUGACGAGGACUCGUUCAUUCGGGAAAUGCAACAUUGCAUGGAUAAAGUCGGGACGCAGGUUGACGACAAUAAGAUUCACACACUGCCCGAUGAUGUGCUAGAUGGGGUAUCAAUUUUCAGCAAAUUGAAAGGUGUCAAAAUUGAGGACAUCGUGCUGCAAGUACCUGGACAGAAGCCUAUACCAUUGACUGAUGUCAUGAAAUUCGAGACAACUACUACGGAGUCGUCGCCUGAGUGA